UGAAGCCUGAACAACGAAGUCGGUAGCCCCGACCCAACUCGGCUUAACUCAGCCUCACCCAACCCAAUCUGAGACUCGCCUCUCCCUGGGCUUGGAACAGCUCUCUGAUCUUAGGCUCCUCUGCAAUUUCAGCUAGAAUGCUGUGGCGGGCCCUUCGCAGAGUGGGUCAAAAGCUGGUACGCAGACGGGCGCUGGAGCCAGGCAUGGCUGAGACUCGCCUUGCCCGAUGCCUGAGCACCCUGGAUUUAGUGGCCCUGGGUGUGGGCAGCACCUUGGGUGCAGGUGUGUAUGUCCUGGCUGGUGAGGUGGCCAAAGAUAAAGCAGGACCGUCCAUUGUGAUCUGCUUUUUGGUGGCUGCCCUGUCUUCUGUGUUGGCCGGACUGUGCUAUGCGGAGUUUGGUGCCCGAGUCCCCCGUUCUGGUUCUGCAUAUCUCUACAGUUAUGUCACAGUGGGUGAGCUCUGGGCCUUCACCACGGGCUGGAACCUCAUCCUGUCCUAUGUUAUAGGUACAGCCAGUGUGGCCCGGGCCUGGAGCUCGGCGUUUGACAACCUGAUUGGGAACCACAUCUCUCAGACCCUGCAGGGGAGUAUUUCACUGCAUGUUCCCCAUGUCCUUGCAGAAUAUCCAGACUUCUUUGCUCUGGGCCUUGUGUUGUUGCUCACUGGAUUGCUGGCUCUGGGGGCUAGUGAGUCAGCCCUGGUCACCAAAGUGUUCACAGUGGUGAACCUUUUGGUUCUCGGUUUUGUCAUCAUCUCGGGCUUCAUUAAGGGGGACCUGCACAAUUGGAAACUCACAGAAGAGGACUACAGACUGACCAUAGCUGGCCUCAAUGACACCAAUAGCUUGGGCCCCCUGGGCUCUGGAGGAUUUGUGCCUUUCGGCUUCGAGGGGAUUCUCCGAGGAGCAGCUACCUGUUUCUAUGCAUUUGUUGGUUUCGACUGUAUUGCUACCACUGGCGAGGAAGCCCAGAAUCCCCAGCGUUCCAUCCCUGUGGGCAUCGUGAUUUCACUGUUCGUCUGCUUUUUGGCGUAUUUUGGGGUCUCUUCAGCACUUACCCUUAUGAUGCCUUACUACCAGCUUCAACCCGAGAGUCCCCUGCCUGAGGCAUUUCUUUAUACUGGUUGGGCCCCUGCCCGCUAUGUUGUGGCUAUUGGAUCCCUCUGUGCUCUUUCUACCAGCCUCUUGGGCUCAAUGUUCCCCAUGCCUCGGGUGAUCUAUGCGAUGGCAGAGGAUGGCCUCCUGUUCCGUGUCCUUGCCAGGGUCCACACAGGCACACACACCCCCAUCGUGGCCACUGUGGUCUCUGGUAUUAUUGCAGCAUUUAUGGCCUUCCUCUUUGAACUCACUGAUCUUGUGGACCUCAUGUCAAUUGGGACCCUGCUGGCAUACUCUCUGGUGGCUGUUUGUGUUCUCAUCCUCAGGUAUCAGCCUGAGUUGAGGAAUGAUGAAGAUGAGGUGGAGUUACAGGAGGAGAAGCUCCCCGAAGCAGAGAAGCUGACCCUGCAGGGACUCUUCUGUCCUCUCAACCCCAUCCCCACUCCGCUCUCUGGCCAAGUUGUCUAUGUGUGUUCCUCAUUGCUUGCCCUGCUCCUGACUCUUCUUUGCCUGGUAUUGGCCCAGUGGCCCAUCCCACUGCUUUCUGGAGACCCGGUAUGGACCGCAGUGGUUGUGCUGCUCCUGAUGCUCAUUACUGGGAUCACUGGGGUCAUCUGGAGACAGCCACAGAGUCCCACUCCUUUGCACUUCAAGGUACCUGCUUUGCCUCUCCUCCCACUAGUGAGCAUCUUUGUGAAUGUUUACCUUAUGAUGCAGAUGACAGCGGGCACCUGGGCCCGAUUUGGGGUCUGGAUGCUGAUCGGCUUUGCUAUCUACUUUGGCUAUGGGAUCCAGCACAGCCUGGAGGAGGUUAAGAGUAACCAAGCCCCACUCAAGUCUAGGGCCAAAACUGUAGACCUUGAUCUCAGCAGUGCCUGUACACAUUCGAUCUGAUGUCAUCACCCCUGAAUGCUGUCUGGUCCCCCUGCACAAUAAUGGCGAGCACCCUUGAGCACACGGGAAGCUAGGGAUCCCAUGGGAUGUGGGUGGGGGACCACUAACAGAGCUCUGUAUUUAAUGUGGAGUGAAGGGUGUGUCUUUGCUGUUUUCUCCUCUUGGUUUUUAAAUUUUUAUUUUUCGUGGUCUCCUUUCCGAUCGUGUCUGUAGCUGCUUCUUGGCUUUUACAAAAUUAUUAAA